GAAGUCACGUAGGUUAACUGCCAUGUUGAGUUUCCAUUUAUCCUAUUCAUCUUUCUGGCUGCUUGAGGAAGCAGGCGCGAUGGCCAAUGCCUCAACAGACCUGGACAAUGCUGAGGCCCAGAGACAGCUCAACAACAACAACAGGCCUGCAAGCACAGGAUUCUGGGAAACAGAGACCACCAGUGCCAAACUAUUUGAGUGCUCCCGCAUCAAAAAACUAGCAGAUGAGAGGGACGCAGUCCAGAAGAAAACCUUUACUAAGUGGGUGAACUCUCAUUUGGCCCGUGUGUCCUGCCGUAUCUCUGACCUGUAUAAUGACCUGAGAGACGGAUACAUGCUCAUCAGGCUGCUGGAGGUGCUGUCAGGAGAGCUGCUGCCUCGGCCCACGAGAGGCAGGAUGAGGAUUCACUGUUUGGAGAAUGUGGAUAAGGCUCUUCAGUUCCUCAAAGAACAGAGGGUUCAUCUAGAAAAUGUUGGUUCUCAUGAUAUAGUUGAUGGAAACCACCGCCUCACUCUCGGCCUCAUCUGGACCAUCAUCCUCCGCUUCCAGAUCCAGGUGAUUAAGAUUGAGACGGAGGACAACAGAGAGACACGCUCCGCUAAAGAUGCCCUACUUCUGUGGUGUCAGAUGAAAACAGCAGGGUACCCAGAGGUCAACAUUCACAACUUCACCACCUGCUGGAGGGACGGCCUGGCUUUCAACGCUCUUAUUCACAGGCACAGGCCUGAUUUAAUUGAAUUCCACAAGUUGACCAGAUCCAAUGCAACACACAACCUCCAGCAAGCCUUUAACAUAGCUGAACAGAGUCUCGGACUCACCAAACUACUAGACCCUGAGGAUGUAAACACAGAGAACCCAGAUGAGAAGUCCAUCAUCACUUAUGUAGUAUCCUACUAUCAUUAUUUCUCCAAAAUGAAGGCACUUAUUGUAGAAGGGAAGAGAAUUGGAAAGGUGCUGGACAAUGCUAUAGAAGCUGAGAAGAUCAUUCGCCGUUACGAGGCUUUAGCAUCCGACCUGUUAGAGUGGAUUGAGAGAACCAUUAGCAUCAUUAGCAACCAGAAGUUUGCAAACUCACUGUCGGGUGUUCAGCAACAGCUUCAAGCCUUUACCACCUACUGCACCAUUGAGAAGCCUAUCAAAUUCCAGGAGAAAGGGAACCUGGAGGUGCUGCUUUUCACCAUCCAAAGUAAGCUCAGAGCUAACAAUCAGAAGCCAUAUAUGCCUCAUGAUGGGAAACUUAUCUCAGACAUCAAUAAGGCGUGGGAGAGACUAGAGAAGGCGGAGCACGAGAGGGGCGUAGCUCUUAGAAAAGAGCUGAUUCGUCAGGAAAAGCUAGAACUUCUAGCUCAACGAUUCGAUCAUAAGACCACCAUGAGGCAGGCUUGGCUGAAUGAAAACCAGCGUCUCGUCUCACAGGAUAACUUCGGCUAUGACCUGCCAGCUGUUGAAGCUGCCAUGAAGAAACACGAGGCGAUCGAAGCAGACAUCAUGUCAUACGAGGAGCGCAUCAGUGUCGUGGUGGAGCUGGCGACUGAGAUGGAGUCAGAAGGGUACUAUGACAUCCGACGUAUCUUGGCGCGCAAAGAAAACAUCUUCGGCCAGUGGAGCCUUCUGAAGGAGCUGGUGGUGGGGCGUAAAACCCGUCUGGAGAAGAACCUGGCCUUGCAGAAGACCUUCCAAGAGAUGGUCUACAUGAUCGACUGGAUGGAGGAGAUGCAGGUUAAGCUGCUGUCUAAAGACUAUGGCAAACAUCUUCUUGAAGUGGAGGACAUGCUCCAGAAACAGAGUUUACAGGAGGCUGACAUCUCUAUACAGGCAGACAGAGUUCAAAUCCUCAACACUGCAGCUCUCAAAUUCACCACUAUUGAAGGUUACCAGCCGUGUGACCCUCAGGUAAUUUGUAACCGGGUCAACCACGUCAACACCUGCCUAGAAGAAUUAAAGCAGCUGGCUGCAAAACGGCACUCGGAGCUGGAGGAUUCACGCGAGCUUUGGGCCUUCUUUCAGGAGGUAGAGGAAUCGGAGAAUUGGAUCCGAGAGAAGACGUCCAUCUUGGCCACGCAGAGCUGCGGAAAAGACCUGAGCAGCGUCCUACGACUGCUGCAGAAGCACAAAACUUUGGCUGGAGAGCUGUUGGCGCGACGUGCGUUACUUCAGCAGACCAUGAAGAAGGGCAAGCAGAUCCUCACCCAGAAGAGCUUCGGUACGGCAGGAAUACAAGAGCGACUGAUGGAGGUCAAGGCGGAGUGGAAGAGACUGGAGGACCAGGUCACACAGAGACUCUGUAACCUACAGGAGGCGCUGGACUUUUUUCAGUUUAGCACCGAGACGGACGAUCUACUAGCUUGGCUACAGGACGCUUACCGCCUCGUUUCUAGUGAGGACUUCGGACAUGAUGAGUAUUCAACGCAGUCUCUACUUAAAAAGCACAGAGGUGUUCGAGAGAGUAUCGAUAAACACCGCGUACAAGUGGUGGGCCUUCGGAAACACAUGGUUGCAUUGCCGUUGCAUUAUCGGGAGCUGGAUGAGGUGCGAGCGCGCAUGGCUGAGACGGAGCAGCUCUACACAGAGGUGGCGGAAGUUGGCGUGUUGCGGCAGCAGUGGCUGCAUGACGCGUUGGCUGUGUAUCGCAUGUUUAGUGAGGUGAAUGCCUCCUCUCUCAGCGUGCUGCCAUCUGCUGUGGCUGCCACAUACAGGGUGCGCCUGACCCGGCUCAAAACAGAGCACUAUGGGUGGAACCGCAUCGUGGAGCUGGUCGAGCAGAAGAAAGAUCACCUGGACUCAAUCCUGCGCAUCCAGAACUACUUACUGGAAUGCACGGAGAUCAAGUCCCAGAUUCAGGACAAGCGGAAAGCCAUAGACGCCACGCAGUAUGUGGGCAGUGACCUGGGCAGCGUUCUGGCGCUGCAGCGCCGUCUCUCUACCAUGGAGGGAGCUCUGGCGGUUCUCGAGCCCAAGCUCCUUCAGCUUCAGGAGGAAGUGGAGGAGCUCGCCACAUCCCAUCCGGACAAGGCCAUAGACAUCCUGGUUCCCUUUGAGGGCAUCAGUGUGGAGUGGGAAGAGCUAAAGCGUACAUUACAAGGCUGUGAGGACUCUUUAACUGUCGCUGGCCGCUUGCAACAGUUCAUCCAAGACUUGGAUUCAUUCCUCACCUGGUUGGUGCAAACUCAGACAGCUGCUGCUUCAGAUGAGCUUCCCAAUGCUUUAGAGGAUGCGGAACGGCUGAUAAACCAACACGCUGCGCUCAAGGAGGAGAUCGGAAGGUACGAAGAGGACUAUGAGCGUCUCCAGGCUGUGAAUGAGCUCUUGGAGACGGAUGAAGCGCCGUUGCCUCAUGGAGCUCUGCAGCAGUGGCUGCACAAGCUGGACGUGGGCUGGAACAAACUGCUGGAGAUGUGGGAGAGCAGGAGGGAAGUGCUGGUGCAAGCUCACAUCUUCCAUCUCUUCCUGAGGGAUGUCAAACAGGCCGAGGCUUUCCUCAAUAACCAGGAGUCAGCGCUGGCCCAUGUGGAGCUCCCCACCACAGUGGAGACAGUGGAGGCAGCCAUCAAAAAGCACAAGGACUUUACCACCACCAUGGAGCUCAACCUCCACCGCAUUAAAGCUGUCAUAGAGGCGGGAGAGAGCCUCAUCAGUCAGAACAACAUCUAUUCAGAGCGCAUCAGAGAGAGAGUGGAUCUACUCGCUAACAGAGGGAACCAGAACCGUGAACACGCUCAGCGGUGGCUUCAUAAGCUCAAUGACCAGUGGGAGCACCAGAGGUUUCUACAAGACUGCCAUGAGAUUGGUGAUUGGGUGGCAGAAAAGAUGCUAAUGGCUCGCGACACCUCCCGCGACGAGACUCAGAAGCUUCAUAAGAAGUGGCUGAAACAUCAGACCUUCAUGGCAGAACUUGCUCAGAACAAGGAGUGGCUGGACAAGAUCGAGAAAGAGGGCCAGCGGUUAAUGCAGGAGAAGCCAGAGAUGAGCGCGCUGGUGAAGAAGAAGAUGGAGGAGAUCCGUGAGUGCUGGCAGGAUCUGGAGAGCACCACCCAAGCCAAAGCCCGGCAGCUGUUCGAGGCCAACCGGGCCGACCUGCUGGUACAGAGCUACUCCAACCUGGACCAGCGACUCGAGCAGCUUGAAGGACAGCUGGCAUAUGUGGACUACGGCCAGGACCUGACCACUGUCAACAAGCAGCUGAAGAAACUACAGACGAUGGAGUGUCAGAUGGAGGAGUGGUAUAUAGAGGUUGGAGAGCUGCAGGCCCAUGCGGCCUCCAUCCCUCAGCAGGGGCAGGUGGAAAAGGUCUCCGAGAAACAAGCCGGUGUGGAAACGCGAAUUGUACGACUGAUUGAGCCUCUGAAAGAGAGACGUCGUAUCCUGCUGGCCUCUAAAGAAGUGCACCAAGUGGGCCGUGAUCUUGAGGAUGAAAUUUUGUGGAUACAAGAGCAUCUUCCAGUGGCCACUUCUCAGGAAUAUGGGACAAGUUUGCAAGCUGUACAGCAACUCAUGAAGAAGAAUCAAAGUCUGCAGAGGGAGCUUCAAGGUCAUCGUGGACGUGUGGAGGAUGUUCUGGAGAGAGCAGGUGUGAUUGCGUCCAUCCGCAGUCCAGAAGCAGACAGCAUCAGGGCUGGCAUGGAGCAGCUCCAUCAGCUGUGGGAGGCGCUGUGGACCGAGACUGAGCACCGGCAGCUCCGGCUGGAUGUCAUGUACCAGGCGCAGCAGUACUACUUUGAUGCAGGAGAGGUGGAGACCUGGCUCAGCGAGCAGGAACUGCACAUGAUGAAUGAGGAGACGGGAAAGGAUGAGGCCAGUACUCUGCAGUUGCUGAAGAAACAGCUGGCGCUACAGCAGACCAUAGAGGACUAUGCCGAGACCAUCGGAAUGCUUUCACAGCAGUGCAGACAGCUGCUGGAGCUCGGACAUCCAGACUGUGAGCAGAUCAGUAAGCAUCAGUCUCAGAUCGACAGGCUGUACGUGUCUCUGAAGGACCUGGCGGAAGAGAGGAAGUCUCGUCUGGAGCAGCAGUACUGGCUCUAUCAGCUCAACAGGGAGGUGGAUGAACUUGAGCAGUGGAUAGCAGAGAGGGAGGUCAUCGCCAGCUCCACUGAACUCGGACAGGACUUUGAGCAUGUCACGAUUCUGCAGGAGAAAUUCACAGAGUUUGCAUCGGAGACUGGGAGCCUGGGGCAGGAGAGGGUCACAGCUGUCAACCAGAUGGUUGAUGAGCUCAUAGAUUACGGGCACGGUGAUGCAGCCACCAUCGCUGAAUGGAAGGAUGGAGUGAACGAGGCCUGGGCGGAUCUGCUGGAGCUGAUGGAGACACGGGGACAGAUGCUCGCUGCUUCACACCAGUUACACAAGUUCUUCUCUGACUGCCGAGAGGUUUUAGCACAGAUUGAGGAUAAGCAGCGGAGGUUACCUGAGGUUCGCGCAUGUCAAGGAGGCACUUCAAAUACCAGCACUCUGCAGAGACUUAUGCAGACUUUUGAACAUGAUAUUCAGCUACUUGUUACACAGAUAAGACAGUUGCAGGAAAGUGCAGCCCAGCUCCGAACAGUUUAUGCCGGGGAGAAAGCAGAAGCCAUUGCCAUGCAGGAACAUGAAGUGAUGCAGGCGUGGAAAGAGCUGCUCGUAUCCUGUGAGGACUGCCGAAUGCAAAUCACCACAGCAACAGACAAGUUACGCUUCUUUGGGAUGGUGCGUGAUCAGCUGAUGUGGAUGGACAGUAUCAUCUGUCAGAUAGGAACCGGGGAGAAACCAAGGGACGUGUCAUCUGUGGAGGUCCUGAUGAACUAUCAUCAGAGCCUCAAGAGUGAGGUGGAGGCCCGAAACAAGAGCGUCCUACAGUGUAUCGAGAUGGGCAAGACUCUACUGGCUGCCCGUAACCCUGCAUCAGAAGAGAUCAAAGAAAAGCUGGAGAAGGUUUUGGCCAAGCAGCAAGAGCUCACUGAGAAAUGGGACAAACACUGGGAAGAGUUGCAGCACAUGUUGGAGGUGCAUCAGUUUGCUCAGGAAGCAGUGGUAGCAGAGGCCUGGCUCACUGCUCAGGAACCCUUCCUAAGUAGUAAUGAACUGGGUGGCAGUGUGGAUGAGGUUGAGCAGCUGAUUCGCAGACACGAAGCCUUUCGCAAAGCUGCGGCCACAUGGGAAGAACGCUUCAGCUCUUUACGCCGUCUUACCACAGUAGAGAAGAUAAAGGCAGAGCAGAGUAAGCUUCCCCCAACUCCCUUGCUGGGACGGAAGGUUUUCUUGGACCCUCAGGACUCUUCUCCUGCUCGCAGUAGCCCUUCCUCCAUCAUUAGACAGACCAUAUAUGAGCAGGGCGAGUCCCGUGUGGAGCGCAUCACCCCUCAGCCCUCUCCCUCUUCCGUGGCCCGAAGACUGGGUUCUACUGUGGCCAACUACUCUCCCAUCAUGAAUGGAGCUGCUACUUAUCGCCUUCAGGAAGCCAGGAAUGCUGGGAUUGUUGGAGUGGCUGCAGGACUGGGCACUUCUAUGGAUCAUAAGGUCACCCAAUUGCGAACGGAAUUCAAGGCUCAAGUCCCACAGCAGAAGAUCGAACACAUCCAUGAGGCAGUCCACCCCCUACUGGAGAGAGACAGGGAGCGGGAGCGGUAUCAUGAGAACGUGAUGGCAGAGGUGGUGCUCCAGGAGCCAGGCGGAGGAAGGGAACGCCUAAACAGCAUGGUGGGAGGGAGCGGGAGCAGUCGCUCAGAGCUGUUGGUGGAGCAGCAUCCCCCUCCAAGGGAGUCGCGGUUGGAAAGACAACUAUCCACUGAGCAGCUGAUUCAGGCACGCAGGGACGAGCUGCCUCAGGAGGUGUGGAGAGAACGAGCUGGGAGGGCAGAGAGGAGGCUGGAGAGACAGACAUCUAGUGAACAGGAAGGUCAUGAGGUGCGGCGGAGGGACAGACACCGACUGGAGAGACAAGACAGCAGCGAGCAGGAGGCCAGGGAGCAGUCGGACAGACGCUCUGGUGGCGGGGACAAAAGGUCAACGCUAGCUGAGAUUGUGGAGCAGCUUCAGGAAAGAGAAGCAGCACAGGCCCGAGGAGAGCUUCCACGUCUACCCAAUGGUUUUCCUGAGAAGACUUCUAGACUGGACCGGCCACGUGCUCGCGACAGACCCAAACCGAGAAGAAGACCCCGACCCAAGGAGCCAGCUGGCGAAACACGGCGCUCAAGGUCUGCGCCAGCCCAGAGCAGCCCACCAGUACCCCAGCCGCCUACCCACAUGGCCCAGCGUGAAGGGUUCCUCUUCCGCAAAAUAGACAUUGAGGGCCAAAAGAAGAGUUCGAACAGCAGAUCUUGGGUGAACCUGUACUGUGUGCUGAAUAAAGGUGAGCUGGGAUUCUAUAAGGAUGCGAAGAACACCUCCACACCUUACAACAACGAGCCGCUUAUCAACCUGAGCCGUUGUGCCUGUGAUAUCAACAAUGGUUACAAAAAGAAGAAGAAUGUCUUCACACUCAAAACUAACGAUGGAAGUGAGUUUCUGUUCCAUGCUAAAGAUGAGGACGAUCUAAAACGCUGGAUCACAAGUAUAAACACAAGUAUAAGUGAGCAUGAAGAGAUUGGCAAACAGGGGCAGACCCAUCCAACUACCUCAUCUACUGACGAGGGAACGCGCAAGGAUGGCAGCAGGGCAGGCGGUUCGGAAAGAGGUGAAAAGUCAGACCGAGCCGACGGGGGAUCUGUGCGCUCAGACAAGGGUGAAAAGCCUGAGAAAAAGACAGGCAAGAAGAAAUGAGGCACACGAUAGCAGUGAGACAGGAGCCGGGACUUCAGAAAUCCAGGACAGUGCUCUGACGGAAUCAGGAAACGAAGGCGUCACUGUGAACUCCCUUUAUCUCUUGCUGUCCAGUUGAGUGUGGAAUCAGGCAACAUGGAGGAGCAAGAAGCGCAUGUGUCAGUGAGCGCCCUCUAGUGGCUGCCGAGGACCAUGACAAUUCAGGAGCUCCAUAUGGGCCAAAGAGCUGAUA